AUGAAGACCAAAGAUGGGCCUCGUGGACCGGGCUUGGUUUUCCUUGAAAAUGUAAAGGUUAAAAAGAAUCAAUCUUUGGAGGAGAUUGUUAAGCGAGAAAGUGAGAAGCCAAGACAAACGUCGCACUCUGAAUUCUCUGCUAAUAUAACCAAGGACAGGAUCGAAUUCAGUGCCGGUAAAAGCCGGAAGAAGGUGCCAAUCAACGAGAUUCUGUAUGAACACAUUGAACGCAUCCUGCCUGAAGAGCGGAAGCUGCGGGUUGUCCUCGGCUGCAUGACCGAUUAUGGAGCCUACAACACCUUCAUGUAUUACCUGUAUGAGGCCCGGGGAUGGCUAAUUGAAUCAGAGGGGAACGCUUUCUCAGCAUCUUCAUUCACACCAAAGUCACCUGAAACCGAUACAUCCAUUCAAUACUCCAUUCAGUCGCCAGGCCUUCCACCUGUCGGAGAACUGCGAGUGCUGCGGCGGCUGCAAUGGCGGACGGGCGUACGCAGACGAAAACGCGAGGCCCCCACCUGA